CCUGCAGACACCUGAGAGGAUGACGGCUCUUCAGGUCAGAAAAGUGAUGACGCACUUAAUGUUGAGCUUGUUUCUGGGAGCCUCGACUUUCUUUUGGCCGCUGGCUCCAGCAGCGGCCUUCCAGCUGCCGUCCUGCCAGCUCAUCAACCAGACGGUGUCUCUGGAGAAGGAGGGCUGUCCCAGGUGUCACGCAGUGGAGACCACCAUCUGCGGGGGUCACUGCCUCACCAAGGACCCGGUCAUCAGGGUACCAUUUGGCAAAGUGCUCCAGCGCGUGUGCACGUACAAGGACUUGUCGUACAAGACGAUCGCGCUCCCCGACUGCCCCCCCGGCGUGGACCCGACCGUCAGCUACCCCGUGGCCCUGAGCUGCCGCUGUGACCGCUGCGCCACGCACACGUACGACUGCACCUUCGAGAGCCUGCAGCCCGACUUCUGCAUGAACGACAUCCCUUUCAACUACUAGUCCGUCCUACACUCUGAAACACUGCUAUUCAUGAACCGUUUCGCCCCUAAACAGCAACCGUUGUAAAUAAAAACUGUUACUUUUAGUAAUGCA